UGCAGUACUCUCUCUUUGCUUUUUUUCUUGGCUUCUCUUUGUUUUCUUCUUCGUUUUGCAAUCCACCAUGGAACCUCAACAACAGCAGCAGCAGCAAAACCAACAACUACAAAACGAGGAUAGUAACAGCGGUGUCAAAGGAAGCUUUCUAUGCAGGCAAAGCAGUACAAGGUGGACUCCCACAACUGACCAGAUAAGGAUACUCAAGGACCUUUACUACAACAGUGGAGUUAGGUCCCCAAGUGCAGAGCAGAUUCAGAAGAUCUCUGCUAGGCUUAGACAGUACGGUAAGAUUGAAGGCAAGAAUGUGUUUUAUUGGUUUCAGAACCAUAAAGCUCGAGAGAGGCAGAAGAAAAGGUUCACCACAGAUGUCCCCAUGCAACAAAGAACUGUUUCAAAUGCUUCUAAUUGGAAACCUGAAGACUAUCCCUUUCACAACAAGUAUCCCAACACUACUUCCGGGUUUUCUUCUUCAUCUCCAUCCUCAGCUGGUGGGAGCACCGUUGGACAGAUGGGAAACUACGGCUAUAGAUCUGUAACAAUUGAGAAUAGUUUCAGGGACUGCUUAAUCCCAGCUGGUGCAAACAGCGGUGUUGUUGGAUCCAUGAGCCCCAGCUAUGGGUGGGUUGGGAUUGAUACCUACAGUUCAGCUUAUUCUCACUUUGACAAGCGAAAAUCAAGUAAUGAAAUCCUAGAAGGGGAAGAACGAGAAGUUCAAGAAGAGGAAGCAAUUACUCAAGAGAUUGAAACUCUCCCUCUCUUCCCUACCCAGAGAGAAGACACCAAUGGUAUUCUCUGCAACCUCAAGCACAACCCCAUCUGCUACCCCCACAACUACUGGUAUGGCUCCGAUGAUGGCAACAACACUUCGCGUACUUUCCUCGAGCUUAGCCUCAACUCCUACGGUAAUGGGCAGGCACCGGAUUCCAUCUAACCUAUUACUAGGGGAAAAUACUAAUUAAUUAAUCUCAUUAUAAUUAUUAUUGGCUUAGUUUAGGAAUCAGUAAUUAAUUAUGGAACUUUGAU